AUGGAGAAAAAGUGGGUUGUCUCCACACGGGAGCUAUUAUUUGAUCCACUGCAGGAUCCAAUGUAUAAGACUUCCAUAUCUUUCGGAAGAUAUGAGGAUAUCCGUCGCUACCUGAGACUUGAUGACAAGAGGACCAGAGUGUUCAGAGGCAACGGACCACCUGGCAGCCUUCUGCAAGAACCGCUACCCACUACCACUCAUCUCUCAGCCUUCGAGCCUCUCCUGAGAGCCACUGUGUUCUCCAAGCUGGACCUACGGAACACCUACCACCUGGUGCGGAUAUGGGAAUGGGAAGAGUGGAAGACAGCCUUCAAAACAGCCAGCGCUCACUACGAGAAUCUGUCCAUUCCAUGUGACCUUACCAAUGCCCCUGUUGUGUUCCAAGCUCUGGUUAAUGACAUUGUCUGUGACAUGUUGAACCGGUUCGUCUUCGUCUACCUCACCGACAUCCUCAUCUUAUCCCGCUCCGCCCAAGAACACGUUCUCCACGUCCGCCAGGUUCUCCAACGCCUCCUGGAGAACCAGUCCAACGUCCAGUCGGAGCGAUUGAACCAAGACCUGGAGACGACUCUUCGCUGUCUGGUCUCCGCCAACCGCACCACCUGGAGCCAGCAGCUAGUGUGGAUCGAAUACGCCUGCAACAUCCUUCCUUGCUCUGCCAUGGUGCGAGAGGAAACAGGCGUCACCCCUGUGUGGGAGAUUGUCAGAAAGAGAGAUGUACAGAGGAGAAAGGGGGAUAGAGGUGGAACGAGCAGCAUUGUCUUGAUGAGUACAGCAUUGCUGUCAGGAGUCAUAGAACGAACAACCACAGAGAUGGGGAACACAUGGAUUAUAGGAGUCAUCUCUCUCCUGGCUGUUUCUGCUACCUGGAGUUUGGAAACAGUUGCCAGAAGUGAACAUUUUCAUCUAGGCCAUGAGGUCAUCUUAACAUGCUGCAAUAAGACUUGGAGUGAAAUGAUCUACACCAUCUGGAAAAUAGACCGGGGUGGAACAGUGUGUCAAAUAUCAUCAGGUGUUAAUGACCAACCUCUUGACUCAUGCAAUGAUGGAAAAGUCAUGCUAAACACAACCAGUGGUGAAUCUUACCUACACAUUCCUGAGUUCUCAAUCAGUGAUGAGGGAUUCUACUACUGUGAGUCAGUAUACAGAGGAGGGAGCAACUCUGCAAACAUUAAGGUAUCAGUUAUAGCUCCUCCCACAGUGUCUGCCUCGCUGGAGUGGGAGGACCGUAGGAGGGUGGCUGUGUGUUUAGCUGAAGGGGGGAAACCAGCUGCCUCCAUCUCCUGGAGGAACCGAUGGAACUCUACUUCAACCAUAGCCAGCACUAUAGAGACCAAACAGAACCAAGACGGCUCCUACUCUGUGGAGAGACGGUUGGUCCUGCCUGAUGUCAUCCCUAUGGGCAACCUGACCUGUGAUGUCAGACAUCCCUCCUGGGUUGAGGUGCAUACUGUGACACUACAGAUCCCCGAAGGGGCCUCAAUACCCUGGCUACAUGUCAUCAUCUCCGUGGUAACCAUCAGUGUCAUUAUGGCUACUCUUGGUGGUUUAUACUUCACACGAAAACACCUCUGCAGAAUUAGCCCCGCCACACCGUCUGAGUCCAAGGCUCCUCAGGACUAUGUGGAGGAAGUAGAGCCCUAUGCCAGCUACGUGCAGCGUGUCAACUCCAUCUACAACUCCUCUGCAGACCUGUUCACAUAACACCCACACACACAGACACACACACAGACACACACACAGACACACACAC